AUGGUGCAGGCCAAUCAACUCCAGCCCCUGGCAUACUGGGUGCUGUACUGCUGCCCUGUCUGUCUGCAAUUCUUCACCCUAUGCCUGCUCAAUCUAUACUUCACACAGGUUAUGUUCAAAGCCAAAGCAAAGUAUUCCCCUGAACUUAAUAAGUACAAGGUCCCUCUGCGUUUGUUCUUUCUGAGUCUGAGUAUAUUUUUCCUGGUGGUGAAUAUCACAUGUGCGUCGUUGGUGCAAGGAGCUCUGGAGCGUUCGGAAACCCCAAGCGACGCCACCGUCCGACACACGGUCCUGGCCCGGGUGGUGAUCAACGACAGCCUCUUUGUUCUCUGUGCCAUUUCUCUCGCCGUCUGCAUCUUUAAAAUCGCCAAGAUGUCUUCGGCAAAUGUUUACCUCGAAUCCAAGGGGACGUCCGUGUGCCAAGCCUCAGCCGUGGGCACCGUGGUCAUAUUUCUAUACGUAUCCAGGGCCUGUUACAAUAUGGUGGUGGUGUCUCUGUCGCCGCAGGACAAGCCAAAUCCUUUCAACUACGGAUGGUACAGCGUUUCCGAUCAGGCUGACGUGCAAGAAAUCACCGGUGAAGCAUACAUCAUAUUUGGAAUCAUUCUUUUCUUCUGGGAGCUGCUGCCAACGAGCCUUGUGGUGGUUUUCUUCCGAGUCCAAAAACCGAACCAAAACCUGGCUCCUGGAGGGAUGAUCAACAGCCACAGUUUCAGCUCGCGUGCCUACUUCUUCGACAAUCCGCGACGAUACGACAGUGACGACGACCUCUCCCGCAGCGUCCCGAGCCGGGCAGACCGCACCAGCCUCCUGUCCUCCACCCCCCAGACGGGCCCCUCCUCCACCUGGUACGGCUCCAUCCCGCGCAACUGCAGCAGUAGCGCCAUUGUGUCCACGCAACAACCUGCCUCCUCCACGGCCCCGCUGCUGUUCGCCUACGGGAACAUCCAAAGCCACCACCAUCACCAUAACUUUUACUCCACGCCUCAAAGCAACAACUACGGCAACCAACAGCACGGCAACUACUACUCCACACCGCAGAGUUACUACUGCGGGUCGCAAACCUAUUACUGCACGCCUCAAAACUGA